AUGUCCACUCGUUUCCACCGAGCAGCUGCGGACGGCAACCUGGAAUUACUCAAAGAAGCCACUCGGAAGGACCUCAACAUCGCCGAUGCGGAUGGCAUGACCCCCACUCUGCUGGUGGCAUACCAUGGCAAUGUCGAAGCUCUGGAGAUCGUUUGCAGGAGGGGAGGCGAUCCGAACGCAUGCGACAUUUGGGGGAACACACCGCUACACCAUGCGGCUUCGAACGGCCACACCCCCUGCGUCUCCUUCCUGAUCAAUUUUGGCGCCAACAUUUUCGCCCUCGACAACGACACACGCUCGCCCCUCGACGCAGCGGCCGGUCGGAGCCAGUAUCAAUGCGUCCAGAUUCUUGACAAGGCCGCCACCGAGCAAAACAUCAAAAACCCCAAGCGGGUCGCCCGUCUGAAGGCACAGGCCCAACAGGAGGUGCAGCGACAGGUCCGCCUGUGUGAGAGACGCCAGGAGAAGCACCAGCUGGAGAUGACCAAGCAGUUCAAGAAAGGAUCCCUCCAGUUGAGUCACAACUCCACCACCAGGACAAAAGUCUCUCAGUUCUUCGCCAGCGGCUCCCUCAGUGAUGUCCCCAAGCAGUUGAAGGACACCUUCAAACUGAGGAACAGAAAGAAAGAGGAGAACAGCACCGCCAGGAGCGGUGGAGCCGAGGAGGAGGGCGUCACUGGAGAAACAGCCAUGAUGGGUUCACCUUGUGAGAAGGAUCUAGAAGACCUGAUGUGUGGCUUUCAAAAGAAAAUUGGCUUUUCUGAAGAUGGGGAGGAGUCAGGACACAGGUCUAUUUUCAACCGCCCGGGUCUUGGCAACCUCGUCUUUAGAAGCCAGAAGACGGAGACCUUGCUUCCCGAGAAAGAGGACCGGGCCUUUCAAAUUCCGGAGCUCUUUCAACUCAAGGAGGCCCUUGGUGAUUCAGACAAUGAGGAUGACCCUGAAGUUUCCUGGAUGGAAGAAGCCGUUGGGUGGGAUGAGGACAAAGAAGAAGCUCCUCCCCUUGAAGUGUUCCUGGUCGCCCAUCAUCUCCACGAAUUUCUCCCCAUCCUGAUGAGUGAAAACAUCGAUUUGGAAAGCCUGAUGCUUUGUUCCGACGAAGAUCUGCAGAGCAUCCAGAUGCAGCUAGGCCCCCGCAAGAAAGUUCUCCAGGCAAUCAGCAAAAGGAAGCUAGCUUUGGAAAAGCCAGGCCUAGUCAAGGAUACCCAAUUAUAA